AUGUCGGAAACUUUAGCUUUGAACGGUUUAUCUGGAUGGCUUGUGCACCCGGAAACGCGAUCAGAUCCUAAAUCGGACAGUCAUACUUAUAAAAACGGAUACAACUGGAAUAACGCGAUGCAGGAUUCGAGUCCGUAUUGUGGAUAUCCACCAAACUACUGGUACCCUCCUCCUCCAGCCGGGCCGUACAGCAACGCCUACCCGUCUGGAGCCGAGCUCAACGGACAAGCGCCGUACAAUCCACAGGCAAUGCCAGCCUACCCGAACGGGGUGUAUAACCCGGGUCAGUACCCACCGAACGUGCUUCACCCUUCCAAUCCGUUCUACUGCAGCGAUCAGAUCCCUCCCAGACAGCCGCAGUACCACAGUCAGGACCGGACCCCGGCCAGCUCUCCUCAGCCCCCGUACCCUGUUCCACACUGCCAAGGGGCUCCUGGAUUCCCGCCCAGCUCGUACACGCCCUACGGAGACGGCUGCCCCCCUAACGCCCCCUACCCCGCCCAACAGCCUGUACCCUCUCGUCCUCAGCCUGAACCCUGGCCUCAUUCAGCAGGAUACGGGUCCCAAGCACACUACCCCAACCACACACGCCCUCCACACCCUCCACCCUGGCACGGGCCCGCCCCACCUCCGUACGAUCACAUUAAACACAAGGAACCACCGUAUCCAGGUCAUCUGAACAACCGAACUCGACCCAGUACGCCAAACUCCAACCCCGCCCCCAACCCGGCUCCAAACAAACCUGUGGAGUUCAGCGCCCCGCCUCAGAUCUACACCAAAACGUCCUCCGGAGGUGGAACCCAGCCCAAACCGGCACCGCAGCAGAGAGAACCCGCUCCGCCCGCGCCACAGCCUCUGAGCAGCGAAAACCCAGGGCUGGCUCGGGUGCAGGAGGUCCUGGUUAGGGUCCAUCUGCUGCAGGAAGACGUGGACGAGUUCGUGGGCAAAAAGACGGACAAGAGCUACCGCUGUCUGGAAGAGCUGCUCACCAAAGAGCUGCUGGUCCUGGACUCGGUGGAGACCAACGGCCAGGACGCCGUGCGCUCGGCCCGCAAAGAGGCCGUGCAGAAGAUCCAGGCCAUUCUGGACCGUCUGGAGAACAAGGCCUUCUAGAGAGCAGCACUGAUUUCACUCACGUGUGUGUGUGUGUGUGUGUGUGUGUUUUGACAAUGAAGCGCACAUGAAAUGGAAACGCUGCUUCCCUGCAGAUUUUCACUGGCGUUAAUAAUCCUGUUUAUUAGCCGUCGAUGUGACGCUCACGUACCAACCGUUGAGAAGAUCCACACCACCUCCAGAACAUCAUGAUUCUAUUUUCUCACGCCUCCUUGUCCUUUAGCAGACACUGAGACAUUCUUCCAUCAGCGCACGCACUGCCAUCCAAUCACGGACUUCUGAUUCUGUCUCACUGACUUCCUGUUCCUGAAUAACGCCGCCCUCGCAACGUCUCAUCAUCUUCUCGUCUUUAACUCGCCUCGUCCACGAUAACUGAACUACGUUUGAGCUCAGAAGCUGUGCGGUUUGCUCGUUGUAUGCUGUACGUUUUGCUUAUCAGCCUUUCGACCCGUUCCGUUACCGUUUUAACGCAUCUUUGUCGACUUCCUGUCACCGCUUGCCCUCAGAUGAACGUCUGCCGCCAUCUUGAGUGAGUUUGGUUGGCGAUAACAAUCAUCACUGAGUUCGGAAACGGAUGAAGCUGUUUAUCUGAAAAGCAAUAAAUAAUUUAGUGGUUUUUUUUUUUUUUUUUUUAAAUCAACACUACCUGACGUUAUUGUUCAGCUUGGGUUCUUUUCAGUGAAACUCUGUUUGUUUCUAACUACUGAUGACUUUUUUUGUAAUUAAGCUAAAAUAACUCCGUCUCCAUCAGCUGCAUUCCUUCUGUAAACACUGUGCAUUUGAAUUGAACGCUCAGAAAGAAACCUGCGCUAAACUUGUGGUCUAGUGGAGUUCUCGCGCAGCAUUUCGGCCAUUUUGAACCUUUCGGAUCAUUUCGUAGCCCCGCCCCUUUCUGCACAGAGUAUCGUUGAGUUUCCCCCGAUGUUAAUGGGAGUAAUGGAGUAACGAAACGUUUCCCAGUAUUAAUGCUCAGCCACAACAAUAAAAACACAAGACUGACCGAGUGGUAGAUUUUUAACAUUGGCUCAUUUCUUAGCGAGUGAGAUCGACGAAUCGUGCCCAUGAGGAUUUAAGGGAAGGGAAGUCGGCGAGGCCGCGUUAAACACCGUAUCGAAAUGUAGGAUCAGCGUAUAAGCAAUACUCACUGAACUUUUCACAAAAGGUUUACACAACUUCAACUUUCCUUUUCACUCGAUGUGUGAAUCUGAAGUCUAAUCUAAAGCCAGUAUCCUGUCUAAUCGAAAGGUCUCGCAUGUUUACGAUUGAGGCCUUAAAAAAAAAAAAAAGCAAAUUUGUAUUUAAAUUGCCUAAAAAAAAGGGGGGGGCACAGACGAGGAAGACGAGUCAUCCUUCCUGAAAAAGAAAACUGAAUGCCGCUGCGUUUAAUACUUUGCACCAAAGUCACUUUCGGGCGUGUGCCGAGGCCGUGUUGUCACAUCACGAUACUUUGCCUAAAGGUUUAUUGCGGUUUACAAUGUUGUCAUCAUGUUUAAAAUGUAUUGGAAAAUAUUAUGUCUUUGUGUGUGUGUGUGUGUGUCCUUUCAAUAAAUAAUGAACCUUGACCGGCAGCGAGCACCAGCAGGUCCGCGGACGUUCGUAUCGGGCAGCGAUCAUAAAGAGACAUCGUCGUCGUGGUUCUUGGUCUGGUUUUGGAUCAGUCAUCCUUCUUUACGUCCUGUUUUUGGUCUUCAUCUAUCUUAUGAUACGACCACAGCGGUAGAAAUCUGACCAGGACGCCUUUUCCACGUGCUCACUGGAUAUCUUUGUAAACGUAUCGACCCGUCCUCGGUCAGACUCACACUCGCGUCCGGUGUGUUUUUAUUCUUCCAGUUUUCACGUUCCUCUCGUCUGGUGAACAGAAUUACAGGAUCGCCUUCGCAGAGAAGGACACAUGCCAAGCUUCUUUAAAAAAAAAAAAAGUAAAAUAAUCAUAAACUCGGAAGACUGCCGUCCUCUCGCCGCCUUCUGACUGGGACGGACUUCGUCAAGGGCACGUUAACGCUGUCUGGAGCACAGGAACAUCAUGUGUGCGUUGAAUAACUCAGUAUUUUGUACCAACUAUCGGGCAUGUACUGUACUGUACUUCCCCCAUGGACCCUUCAGCAGGUCUUCCUCCAGUCGUCCGGACGCUUUACACAGGACAAACUGUGCCAUAUCAUCGAUCGGCAGGUGCUUUUCAUAUCCGAUUAAGAAAAAUAAGUUAAAGGUGUUGAAAGUAUCGAGCUCUGCAUGUCACCGAGUCUGAUUUUUGUUGUACGAGUUCUUUCCCUCUGUAACUCUGUAAAAUCUCGUUCUAUAAACCUGAAACUGUACACAAACUUUACAUUAAAAGAGUAUAUUUGUACGUAACUUGUACAUAAAGAAGACGCACUGAAAACAGGACCAAAACCUGCUUGCUGAGGUCUCGACUGUAGUGCAUGGAUUUGAACACAAGACGAGGCCCCUGGCCCUAACGAGAACACACAGCGUACAAUAAACAAUAAGAGUCCGAAAUAAA